AUCGGCGGAAGUGCAGCGCAGUGGAAAGUAGUUUUGGGCUUUUCGAAAAUCGGAAGCCACCCACCCCUAUCCAACCGCCCGUGUGCCAACCCAGCGAGCUGACUCACAAGGCUGCAGGGUUCAACCGAACGGUGUGUGGACGUGAUCGCCGACCACCAACUCCAGCAUGAGCUAUCAGAUGUCGCAGAAUAGAACGAUGUCUCAUAAUCCCUACAACUCGUCGGAUAUGCCGAUGCCAUCGGCGAAGGAGCAAACAUUAAUGUGGCAGCAAAAUUCGUACCUUGGCGAUUCUGGCAUCCAUUCGGGUGCCGUAACGCAGGUGCCGUCGCUAAGCGGCAAGGACGACGAUAUGGAGGAUGAUCCGCUCAUGUUCGACAUGGACCAGGGUUUCUCGCAGAACUUCACCCAAGAUCAGGUGGAUGACAUGAACCAGCAGCUGAGCCAAACGCGCUCGCAGCGUGUUCGUGCUGCCAUGUUCCCCGAGACUCUCGAGGAAGGCAUCGAGAUCCCGUCGACACAGUUCGACCCGCAGCAACCGACGGCGGUCCAGCGUUUGGCGGAGCCAUCGCAAAUGCUGAAGCAUGCCGUGGUCAAUCUGAUCAACUACCAGGACGAUGCUGACCUGGCGACGCGCGCCAUCCCCGAGUUGAUCAAGCUGCUGAACGACGAAGACCAGGUUGUGGUGUCGCAAGCCGCCAUGAUGGUGCACCAACUGUCGAAGAAGGAAGCGUCUCGACACGCCAUCAUGAACAGCCCCCAGAUGGUGGCGGCUCUCGUGCGUGCCCUAUCCAACUCGAACGACCUCGAGACGACCAAGGGCGCCGUCGGUACGCUGCACAAUUUGUCGCACCACCGGCAGGGUCUGCUGGCCAUCUUCAAGUCGGGUGGCAUCCCGGCCCUGGUGAAGCUGCUGUCGUCGCCGGUUGAGUCGGUGCUGUUUUACGCCAUCACGACGCUGCACAAUCUGCUGCUGCACCAGGAUGGCAGCAAGAUGGCCGUCCGGCUGGCGGGUGGUCUGCAGAAGAUGGUCGCACUGCUGCAGCGUAACAACGUCAAGUUUCUUGCCAUCGUCACCGACUGCCUGCAGAUCCUGGCGUACGGCAACCAGGAGAGCAAGCUGAUCAUUCUUGCCUCGACCGGUCCGAGCGAGCUGGUGCGCAUUAUGCGCUCGUACGACUACGAGAAGCUGCUGUGGACGACCUCGCGCGUGCUGAAGGUGUUGUCCGUGUGCUCAAGCAACAAACCGGCCAUCGUCGAGGCCGGUGGCAUGCAGGCACUCGCUAUGCACCUCGGCAAUCCAUCGCAACGCCUGGUGCAGAACUGCCUCUGGACACUGCGUAAUCUCUCGGAUGCGGCCACUAAGGUGGACGGUCUCGAGACACUUCUGUCCGGGCUGGUAACGGUUCUGGGCUCGUCCGACGUUAACGUGGUGACGUGCGCCGCAGGCAUUCUGUCCAAUCUGACGUGCAACAACCAGCGCAACAAGGUCACCGUAUGCCAGGUCGGAGGUGUUGAGGCGCUUGUCGGCACCAUCAUCAACGCCGGUGAUCGUGAGGAAAUCACCGAGCCGGCCGUGUGCGCCCUGCGCCACCUGACAUCGCGCCAUCCGGAGUCAGAAUCGGCCCAGAAUGUCGUCCGCAAUGGGUACGGGUUGCCGGUCAUCGUGAAGCUGCUCAAUCCGCCCUCGCGCUGGCCGCUCAUUAAGGCCGUGAUUGGGCUGAUUCGCAACCUGGCCCUGUGCCCGGCUAAUGCGGCUCCGUUGCGCGAACACGGUGCCAUCCAUCUGCUGGUGCGGCUGCUGUUCAAGGCGUUCCAGGACACGCAACGGCAACGCUCAUCGGUGGCCACCAACGGAUCACAGCCACCUGGCGCUUACGCCGACGGAGUUCGUAUGGAGGAGAUUGUCGAAGGUACGGUCGGUGCACUGCAUAUCCUCGCGAAGGAGGAGUACAACCGGCAGGUCAUCCGUUCGCAAAACGUUAUUCCGAUCUUUGUACAAUUGCUGUUUUACAACGACAUCGAAAACAUCCAGCGUGUUGCCGCCGGUGUAUUGUGCGAGCUGGCCGUCGAUAAGGAGGUGGCUGAGAUGAUUGAAGCAGAAGGAGCUACCGCUCCGCUAACCGAGUUGCUCAAUUCGGCUAACGAAGGUGUCGCCACGUACGCUGCUGCCGUCCUCUUCAAGAUGAGCGAGGACAAAUCGAUGGACUACAAGAAGCGUUUCUCCAGCGAACUGACCACCCUGCCCGUGUUCCGUGACGACAGCAUGUGGAACAACGGCGAGCUCGGUAUCGGGCCGGACCUGCAGGACAUCCUGUCCCCCGAGCAAGCAUACGAAGGUCUAUAUGGACCGGGUCCCGCGAGCGUGCACAGCUCGCACGGCGGUCGUGCAUUCCAGCAAGGUUACGACACCCUUCCAAUAGACUCGAUGCAAGGUCUAGAGAUCGGCGGUGGAGGCGGCAACACCGUGAGUAAUGGUGGCCCGGCUGGCAACACCAUGGGUGGCCAGCAGCAACAGCAGCAGUCCGUCGGUGGAGGCCCAGGAUCAGUCGUAAUGGGCGGUGGUGCCAGCGGAAUGUCGUCCUCUGGCCAGCCAACCUCCCCAUACGGCAUGGACAUGGAUGUUGGCGAAAUGGAUGCGAGCGAGCUGACGUUCGACCACCUGGACGUGAUGCCGUCACCGCCGCAGGACAACAACCAGGUUGCUGCCUGGUAUGAUACCGAUCUUUAAGCCACUGUGGGCUUUUGUGUGCACGUUUGCGUGUGUGUUUGAGGAAGAGGUUUUCGAUCAUCACUAGGCAACUAGCGCGAGAAAGUAUCCCCAUUCUCCAUGCUCUCUCACACAUCACUUCACACGCCCGGUUCCGAGGCAGAAGAAAAAGAAGAAAGCAAUGAAAAUGUUUAAGGAACAGGAUAACGAUCCGAUAGAAGGCAGAGGAGGAAGAGCAAAGAAAAAGAGGGUUUGCAACAGUGCCAAGCAACAUUUGCACACAAAAAAACAUUGCAGGGCUUGGCAUCUUUUUUUUUUUAUUCAAAUUCUUUAUUGAUACAUAUAUAUACAUACAUAUAUACGCAUAAGAAAACCCAAUACUAACACCCACUCGCUACGGCGAUAACGAACGCGUUUCGUUUUUCCAACAUAUAUGCAAAACGCAUAAUUUACUUCAUUUUAGAUGGUACACUUACUCUCUCAACUAUUACAUUACGAAUGGCGUGAGGAUGCAUUUUCAAAAAAGCAAGAAGCAAUUUUUCUUCGUAUGAGGGCCGCUUGUGGCGCAACGGUUGUUCAACUUAUUCAAGCGAGCACAAUAUAGCAGCAUACAAUUGGGUUUUUAUUACA